AUGGCGUCUUCUGGUCUUCAUGGCGUGUUCGACAUUCAAUCCGUCGCUCCAGCGAACCCUGCACCAACGUACCAGAAGAGCAACGGUAAGCAGCCUCACAUUGGAGUCCUACCGGACAUUGAGCUCGAACCGAUCAAACCUGGCAAAGACAGCAAUGGCAACUACUUCGAACACCAAUCCAGGAUGGGGAUGCAGACACCAAGGACACCCAACGAGCUUGAGAUGAGCCGCCCUCCAACACCAAGACAGAAUGAAGCUGUUGGCUUGGUUCAGACCUGGAAUAACCCACCAAUGAACAAGUGGAGAAUUCUGUGCUGUUGCAUUAUAUAUUUCGGAAACGGACUCAAUGAUGCCGUGGUCGGUGCUUUGAUUCCUUACAUGGAAGUCUACUACCACAACUCCCACACAAUCAUGUCACUCGUUUUCGUCGGCAAUGCCAUUGGCUUCAUAGCCGCUGCGCCUCUUGUAACCUGGAUUUUGGCCAAACUUGGCAGAGCGAAGACCUUGAUAUUCGCAGAGGUUUUCUUGAUCGCUGCGUACAUUGUACUCGUCUGCACUCCUCCGUUCCCUCUCGUGAUCAUCGCAUUCUUCCUGAUUGGAUAUGGAGCAGCGACUAGCCUGGCGCUUAAUAACGUGUAUUGCGCGAACAUAUCACCUUCAAGCGCUGUGUUGGGUGCAGCUCAUGGCAGCUAUGGCGUGGGCGGCACCAUCGCGCCCAUCGUUGGAACAGCCAUUGUAUCUAAAGGCAUUCUCUGGUCUCGAUUCUACUUUUUGCUGCUCGGACUGAGGUUCUGCUGUGUCGCCUUCGCAGCCUGGGCUUUCCACAAAUACGAAGAAGACUCGUCAACUACGCUGCUUACUGCUCUCGAAAUCACGGCCAGCAGGCAGAAUACCGCAGCUGAGUCUGGGUCGAAGAUGAGAGAGCUCAAGCUUGCUUUGCAGAACAAAGUCACGGUGUUUGGGGCUCUUUUCAUCUUUGCGUACCAAGGAGCGGAAGUGGCAGUAUCAGGUUGGAUCAUCUCGUACCUGAUCAAUUACCGAGAUGGAGACCCGGCAAAGGUCGGUUAUGUGACAGCUGGUUUCUGGGCUGGUAUCACCAUAGGCAGGUUCGUCCUCACCCACGCUGCACCAAGAAUCGGCGAGAAGAACUACGUCGUUGGACUCACCCUGGGGACGAUGGUCCUGCAACUUCUGGCAUGGCUGGUCCCAAACGUCAUUGGCAACGCUGUAGCCGUGUCUCUGCUGGGUUUGCUGCUGGGCCCUGUUUACCCGUGCGCGCAGACGAUAUUCUCACGCCUGGUGCCUCGCCAUCUACAAACAACAGCGAUAGGGUUUAUCGGCUCUGCAGGGAGCUCUGGCGGUGCGGUUGCUCCGUUUACAACAGGUAUACUUGCUCAAGCUGCUGGCACGUGGGUGCUGCACCCAGUAGCUCUUGGACUGUACUGCGCAAUGCUCGUCUGUUGGUUCGCAUUGCCGAGAGUCAACAAGAGGACCGAGUAA